AUGGGGGGUUUGAUUCAAAUUGCCGACGUCGACAUCGAUCCGAAAGGCGUCUUCAAAUACAUUUUGAUCAAAUGCGUUGAGAAAUCGAGCAAAGCCGAAAAGUUGGUCGUCCGCGGAUAUUAUCGCUGCAAUUUUCAUGCGGAUAUUUUGGAUGAGACGCGGGUGAGUGGGAUUUUGGGGAAAUUUUGAAAAGAAAUUCAAAAAAUUAUGAGAAAUGCCACGUUUUAUCGAUUUUUCAAACUGAAAUCUUGAAAAAUUUGGAAAUUUCGAUGAAAACGCAACGAUUUUCAAGUCAAAAUAUUCAAAUCUCGUGAAUUUUGAGAAGAAAAAUGAAUUUUUAAGUCGAAUUUAUCGAUUUUUGAAAAUUUUAACCAAUUUUGAGCCGAAAUCUUAGGUUUUCUGAGGAAAAUGGAGUUUUUUUUAUUAAGUUUAUCGAUUUUUUGAAGUCCCUGAACGAAAUUUGGCGAAUUUUUGUUCAAAAUUCAAAUUUUCGCGGCAAAAUUCAGCUACAGUAACCUUAAUUGUUUCUGCAAAAAAAAAUUCCCUCUAAAAAUUUACGUUUCAAAAAAUCCACAAUUUUUUUCGUAAUUGAAAAAUCCAAUAACAAGGUGUACUGUAACUACAGUAACCCUAGCCAUAUUUGAUAUCAAAAAAUUCCAAAUUUUAACGUCAAAAUUGAUCUACAGUACCCCAAAGUGUUUGCAGACUGCAACUCCCUCCGACUUCACUUUGAAAUGCAUCGGCGGCGGUCGAAUUCAACACAACGACCUCGACAAAAACAUCCUGGUCUACGGUUAUUCGCAAGGUUACGGUAGAGCUGACCAUCAGAUUACUGUAGAUAUCCUGAAGCGAAAAUAUCCCGACUACUGUAUCACAUUUUCCAAUGAUGGAUAUUGA